AUGGAGCCGAGCGUUAUCGGCGCCAUAUCGGAUUGUAACACUCGAUACCCCGAGGAAAAGCUUCACGAGCCUGGAAUCGUUGCGCUGCAGGCUUAUGAUGCCGUGUGGACAGUGGGAUUAGCAAUGAACGAAGGUACCAACAGCAAUGGCCGCCAACUUUUGGAAACUAUUCUCAAAACAGAUUUCGACGGUUUAAGUGGGAAUAUCCAGUUUACGGGGCAAAAAUUAGAGCCCACAACUCAAUUUCAGAUAAUCAAUAUCAUUGGAAAGCAUUAUAGAGAACUGGGAUUCUGGACUGAGAAUCUAGGAUUCUCCCAUACUAUAGAUCAUGGAGUGUACAAUUUAUCCAUGGAGAGUUUAGGAGAUGUGAAUUGGCCAGGACUUGGAGGGCGAUCGUCUCCUCCAAGAGGAUGGGAUCUUCCGACAAUUGAAAGAUUUUCCGUGGAUGUGUUCGAUGAAACCGCAAAGCAUUUGAAGUACUCUCUAGAAUAUGAAUUCAUUCCUUUUGGAGGAACCUAUACUGAUUUGGUAAAGAAAGUUCAAUCAAAGGAAUUUGAUGUAGCAGUUGGUGACAUCGCCAUAAUAUCAAAUCGAUGUGAAUAUGUAGAAUUCACGCACUCUCAUACUGAGACAGGACUAGUAAUGGUAGUGCCAAUUCUAAGGCAUUCAAGCAGAGCUUGGCUGUUUGUGAAGCCCUUCACAAAAGCCACGUGGUUUCUCACAUUUUUCAUUAAUGUCUUCAAUGGAUUCGUCGUAUGGAUUAUUGAGAAAAAUUACUGCUCUGAACUAAGAGGACCAGUUCUGAACCAAAUAGGCACUCUACUUUGGUUGGCUUUUGCAACACUGUUCUCAUUUCACGGGGAGAAAUUACAUAGCAAUUUGUCACGUACGGCGACAGUGAUAUGGCUUUUUGUGGCUCUGAUCAUCACACAAAGCUAUACAGCCAGCUUUUCAAGCAUGCUAACAGUGCAAAAUCUUAAACCAAAAAUAGCAAAUAUUGAGACUCUAAAGACCAAUAAAGCAGUGAUUGGCUACUCGCGGAAGUCUUUCGUUAGGGGAUAUUUGGAGGGUCCUUUAGGCUUUAAAUCAAGCAACAUUAGGAAUUUCACGUCAACAGAUGAGUAUGCACGGGCUCUCAGAAGUGGUGCUAUUGCAGCAGCCUUUCUUGAAGCUCCUGUGGCUAAACUUUUUGUCGCCAAAUAUUGCAAGAGCUUCAUCAUUGCUGGUCCUACAUACCAAGUUGGAGGAUAUGGAUUUGCAUUUCCAAAGGGAUCCCUUUUACUCCCUGACAUAGAUGAAGCAUUACUGAACGUUCGUGAAAAUGGGGUGCUGAAAGAUUUGGAGCAGCGCUUAAUAGCUUCUGAGCAAUGUGUAGAUAUUCAAUCAGAUAAUGAAAGUGCAAGUCUUAGCCCUCAGAACUUUUUUGUGCUAUUUAUAAUUACAGGAGUCACAUCAUCAACAUCACUUUUAAUCUACUAUUUUCGGGCGAAAGACAGAUAUGAGAAUUCUCAAUAUAAUGGGAUUUGGAUUGCGAUAAUGGUGGUUUUGAACAAGUUGGGACAUCACAGAAACAGAAUUUCAAGAAAAGUAAGUGAUGUUGCUGAUGAAAAUCCCGAAAAUUCACCAAAUAAUUUGCAUUCUCGGCCGCAAGCCUAG